AUGGAUGAUCUGAACAAGGUUGCAGGUGCCAGGCUACCGGUAUCUCACAGUACCGUAGCUGCUGCCCUUGCUCUUCUACUAGUAAGUAUCCGCGCGCCCUUUGCCAGCAACAGGUCUACCUUUACCAGAAGACAAUGUGCUGCACUGAGGUUAUCAAGAGUGACGAAGCUAAAUCAUUUCCAGAUCGCAACAACUGCAUUCGUUUUUCAUCGUCUAGUAUUGCAUCCCCUGAGUUCUCAUCCGGGCCCCAUUUUGGGACGUCUUACAAGCCUUUACAACACUUACCAUGCUCUGAAAAAGAACCAAGCUCGGAAUCUUCAUCAACUUCACGAGCGAUACGGGCCUAUUGUUCGCUAUGGUCCCAACCAUGUCAGCAUCAGAUCUGCAGAAGGAGUGAAGAUGCUGUACACAAACAGCCGCUAUACUCGCAAAGCAGACAAUUACCUCGCUUUUCCAAGAAACCCCGAAAAAGCUAGUUUGUUUUCAUCCAUCAACAAGCAAGUACACGCAAGAAAGCGACGCAUCUUACGACAAGGUUUCUCGGACUCUGCGCUAAAGACUGCAGGCGUCACUAUCAAGAAACAUGUUGCAACUUUAUGUCAAUGUUUAGAGUUUCUGGACAGUGAUGGACAGGAAGGUUACACUCUUUCCGGAAGAGAAGUCUCAAAACCAGGUCAAUGGAGCAAGCCAAAGAAUUUCUCGGAGUGGAUUAAUCGUUUCACUUUUGAUGUUUCAAGCGAUCUCUCCUUUUCAAAGUCAUUUGAUAUGAUGCGGUACGCCGGAAACAGGCACAUCAUCAAGAUAUUGCAUGAGACACUAUGGGCAGACAAUGUUACUGGCUCUUCAUUGACUCUACUUCACACUUUGCGACUGAAAUGGCUACUGUUCUCACACCAUGUACGAUCUACAGGAACAUUCGACACUUUUAUCGAGAAUGCAGCUAGUGAGAGAGUGAGCAAACUAAGAGAUUCCGAAAAGGACUUUAUGUUCUGGCUCACUGGGGCGGUCGAUCCCGCCACAGGCGAUACAUUUACCAUGGAGGAAUUGGUGGAAGAGGCAAUAUUGUUGAUCACUGCCGGUAGCGACACAUCAUCCACCGCCAUUAGCUCUACCAUAUAUUAUCUUCUACAUAACCCCGACAAACUUGCAAAGCUUCAAGCAGAGGUUCGGACCGUCUUUUCCAAUAUUGAGCAAAUCGAGUUUGGUACAGACUUACAGGCCUGCACUUAUCUUCGUGCAUGCAUUAACGAGGGUCUGAGGCUGUCACCUCCCGCGGGCUCAGUUCUACAUCGACAAGUAGAAUCUGGAGGUGUGCAAAUUGGAGAGACAUUCUACCCUGAGGGCGUCAACAUUGGGGUACCUGUUUUUUCUAUUCACCACGACAAGGAAUAUUUUCCUGACCCAUUUUCGUUUCAACCGGAGAGAUGGAUCGUUGGUGAGACACUCGCAAAUGGCACCGUGAUUACUCCCGAGUUUCUCAAGUAUUCAUCCAGCGCGUUUAUGGCUUUCAGUGCCGGGACUCGAGGAUGCAUUGGAAAACCACUUGCCUACCUCCAAAUCUCAAUUCUAUUCGCUACUUUAUUCUUCAAGUACGACAUGAGGCUAUGUCAAAAGGCUUGGGUCAACGGCACACAUGGCGGAGAUGGGCCAGAUCUAUCCGAAGAGUAUGAGCUUGUGGACAUGUUUAUCAGCUGGAAGAAUGGGCCACUUGUCGAGGUAAAAGCACGUUGA